GCCGUGCAUGUGGCUGCCCUCUGGGUCACGGUGCUCUGCCCUCCCCUGGCACUGGCUGACUCUAUUAUGGUGCCUGGGGACACAAGCAUUGCCGUGGGAAUGCGGACGCCUAGGGUGGUGGGGCUGAUGCAGGGUGUCGAGGUCGGGAAAGUAAUGCUAUCAGACAGCGACUCUGCCUGAGAGGGACCCACAGCUGAAUGGAGAAAAAAGAUAGAGAAAUUAAAAUAUGAUGACGUUGUUUGAGCACUAUCCUCAGAGUUUUUAAACUACACACGCAACAUGGUUCCAUGUGCCAAUAAAUCAGCACAAUCUACUCAUUCGUUUUUUCAAAUUGGAGCUAGAAUUAACUGAGUGCACUGUACAAUACGGCAAACUUUUAUUUUUUUUAUUUUUUAGGGGGUAGAUCAACUUAACCCUCCCGUUGUCCUAGGGUCAAAAUGACCCGCCACUGAGUUGAACCAACUUUAUUAAAUUUUUAUAUUUUUGGGAUCAUUUGUGAGAAGGAGGCAGUGAGACUUUAAAGAAAGUAUCACUGCCUCCUUCUCACAAUGUAUUGAUAAAUAGUAUAUUAAUAUAUGGACCCAUCAAUGUAAUUGUCUGCAUCACUUCAUCCCCAUUUUUUAUAUAUAUAAUAAUAUAUAUAAAUAUAAUAUAUAUAUAUAUAUAUAUAUAUAUAUUAUAUAUAUAUUAUACUAUAUACUAACAUCAUUGAUAAACACACAUACAACAACACAUACACAUAUAACAGACAUACAGUGGGGAGAAAAAAGUAAUGUAGAAGUCAGCCCCCAAUUGUGCAGUUCUCCCACUUAAAAAAGAUGAGAGAGGCCUGUAAUUUUCAUCAUAUGUUCCACAUCAACUUGACAGACACAUUGAGAAAAAAAAUGCAGAAAAUCACAUUGUAGGAUUUUUAUGAAUUUAUUUGCAAAUGAUGGUGGAAAAUAAGUAUUUGGUCACCUACAAACAAGCAAGAUUUCUGGCUCUCACAGACCUGUAACUUCUUCUUUAAGAGGCUCCUCUGUCCUCCACUCGUUACCUGUAUUAAUGGCACCUGUUUGAACUUGUUAUCAGUAUAAAAGACACCUGUCCACAACCUCAAACAGUCACACUCCAAACUCCACUAUGGCCAAGACCAAAGAGCCGUCAAAGGACACCAGAAACAAAAUUGUAGACCUGCACCAGGCUGGGAAGACUGAAUCUGCAAUAGGUAAGCAGCUUGGUUUGAAGAAAUCAACUGUGGGAGCAAUUAUUAGGAAAUGGAAGACAUACAAGACCACUGAUAAUCUCCCUCGAUCUGGGGCUCCACGCAAGAUCUCACCCCGUGGGGUCAAAAUGAUCACAAGAACGGUGAGCAAAAAUCCCAGAACCACACAGGGGGACCUAGUGAAUGACCUGCAGAGAGCUGGGACCAAAGUAAUAAUAAUAAUAAUAUGCCAUUUAGCAGACGCUUUUAUCCAAAGCGACUUACAGUCAUGCGUGCAUACAUUUUUUGUGUAUGGGUGGUCCCGGGGAUCGAACCCACUACCUUGGCGUUACAAGCGCCGUGCUCUACCAGCUGAGCUACAGAGGACCACAAGUAACAAAGCCUACCAUCAGUAACACACUACGUCGCCAGGGACUCAAAUCCUGCAGUGCCAGACGUGUCCCCCUGCUUAAGCCAGUACAUGUCCAGGCCUGUCUGAGGUUUGCUAGAGUGCAUUUGGAUGAUCCAGAAGAGGAUUGGGAGAAUGUCAUGUGGUCAGAUGAAACCAAAAUAGAACUUUUUGGUAAAAACUCAACUCGUCGUGUUUGGAGGACAAAGAAUGCUGAGUUGCAUCCAAAGAACACCAUACCUACUUGCAUCCAAAGAACACCAUACCUACUUUUUUCCCCCACUGUACAUACAGUGGGGAGAACAAGUAUUUGAUACACUGCCGAUUUUGCAGGUUUUCCUACUUACAAAGCAUGUAGAGGUCUGUAAUUUUCAUCAAAAAAUCCAGAAAAUCACAUUGUAUGAUUUUUAAGUAAUUAAUUUGCAUUUUAUUGCAUGACAUAAGUAUUUGAUCACCUACCAACCAGUAAGAAUUCCGGCUCUCACAGACCUGUUAGUUUUUCUUUAAGAAGCCCUCCUGUUCUCCACUCAUUACCUGUAUUAACUGCACCUGUUUGAAUUCGUUACCUGUAUAAAAGACACCUGUCCACACACUCAAUCAAACAGACUCCAACCUCUCCACAAUGGCCAAGACAAGAGAGCUGUGUAAGGACAUCAGGCAUAAAAUUGUAGACCUGCACAAGGCUGGGAUGGGCUACAGGACAAUAGGCAAGCAGCUUGGUGAGAAGGCAACAACUGUUGGCGCAAUUAUUAGAAAAUGGAAGAAGUUCAAGAUGAUGGUCAAUCACCCUCGGUCUGGGGCUCCAUGCAAGAUCUCACCUCGUGGGGCAUCAAUGAUCAUGAGGAAGGUGAGGGAUCAGCCCAGAACUACACGACAGGACCUGGUCAAUGACCUGAAGAGAGCUGGGACCACAGUCUCAAAGAAAACCAUUAGUAACACACUACGCCGUCAUGGAUUAAAAUCCUGCAGCGCACGCAAGGUCCCCCUGCUCAAGCCAGCGCAUGUCCAGGCCCGUCUGAAGUUUUCCAAUGACCAUCUGGAUGAUCCAGAGGAGGAAUGGGAGAAGGUCAUGUGGUCUGAUGAGACAAAAAUAGAGCUUUUUGGUCUAAACUCCACUCGCCGUGUUUGGAGGAUGAAGAAGGAUGAGUACAACCCCAAGAACACCAUCCCAACCGUGAAGCAUGGAGGUGGAAACAUCAUUCUUUGAGGAUACUUUUCUGCAAAGGGGACAGGACGACUGCACCGUAUUGAAGGGAGGAUGGAUGGGGCCAUGUAUCGCGAGAUCUUGGCCAACAACCUCCUUCCCUCAGUAAGAGCAUUGAAGAUGGGUCAAGGCUGGGUCUUCCCGCAUGACAACGACCCAAAACACACAGCCAGGGCAACUAAGGAGUGGCUCCGUAAGAAGCAUCUCAAGGUCCUGGAGUGGCCUAGCCAGUCUCCAGACCUGAACCCAAUAGAAAAUCUUUGGAGGGAGCUAAAAGUCUGUAUUGCCCAGCGACAGCCCCGAAACCUGAAGGAUCUGGAGAAGGUCUGCAUGGAGGAGUGGGCCAAAAUCCCUGCUGCAGUGUGUGCAAACCUGGUCAAGACCUACAGGAAACGUAUGAUCUCUGUAAUUGCAAACAAAGGUUCCUGUACCAAAUAUUAAGUUCUCCUUUUCUGAUGUAUCAAAUACUUAUGUCAUGCAAUAAAAUGCAAAUUAAUUACUUAAAAAUCAUACAAUGUGAUUUUCUGGAUUUUUGUUUUAGAUUCCGUCUCUCACAGUUGAAGUGUACCUAUGAUAAAAAUUACAGACCUCUACAUGCUUUGUAAGUAGGAAAACCUGCAAAAUCGGCAGUGUAUCAAAUACUCUCCCCACUGUACAUACAUACACAUACAUAUCCUUUUAAAAAAUAUAUAUUCCCCUUCAUUACUUUCCAACCCCACCACCCUUUCCCUAAUUGGAGUAAACUAGUGAACAACAAUGCUUAGGCCUCUAUUUCCAGCUUAUACUUACUAUAUACAUUUUAUGGACACAGUCAAUUUGACAAUAAUUAUAUUUUGUUAGUUUUUUUUAUCCUGAACUUCUUCUACUCUCAACCUCUCCGAUCAUUUUCAUGAUGUCCAUCCGGUUUGCUUUUAUAUGCCAUAUCUUUCUAACUGUGCUCUUUCACAAAAGCUCCCAACCUACAACCUAUAUACCUAUUAUGGACACAGUAUGCUUACAUUAUUAGUUAUCUUGUUAUUAGUUGUUGUUAGUUGUUAUUAGUCCCAUCCUUCAACUCCAUUCAACACCACCCAUCUAUCUCUUAACACCAUCCAUAUAGGAUUUCUAUUUGCCAUAUAUUUUUCAACUGUACUGUGAUGUUUUAUAAAAGUUUUGAACCAAUACGGCGAACUUAGCAAAUGAGGCGUUUGUGGGAAGAACAUGGGGGGCUGCUAUCUUUAUGCACCUUUGCCAUUGUAACGCCGCUUUCUCUCUCUGUGUGUGUCAUCAAGAAAUGUGUAGCCUUCUUUUAUAUAACCUCACACACUUCGGCUAUUGCUCGAGAGGAACUUGUCAAUUUGCGCCGCUGCUCAUUGUGAUGCUCAGUCAUGAUGUCUGUCUGCUUCUCCACAACAUGGCUGCUGUUCCUGACAUCCUGUUUCUGUUCCCAACACUGCAGGUGCUGAAGGGAUGCGUGGGCUGUAAGUCUUAGGGCACUUCUAGUCCACCUCUGCUCAGAGAGAACAUAGCACUGUGUCUUCCACACACUGCCUGCCUGGGGAGACAAGGCACCAUAUCCUCACAGCAUUGGAUGCAUCUGGGUCAAAAACAGAGGAAGAAGAAGAGAGAAUGGCUGUCUGUGGUGUUGUGAUGAUGAGAGGAUAGCGGGGCUGAGGGCCCUGAGGUGGACAGGCACAGUUGAAGCAGCAGGCCAGGGUUGAGCCAGGCCUGGGGAGGGGAGGCAGGCGGUGGGCGCCCACCGUCCAGGGACCAGGAGCCACCAUUUCUUGGGUGGUGUUGCCGGCACGGAGGAGGGGCGCCGUGCGGAGGCUGGAGGCUCUCUGGAUGAUGACCAGCCUGUUCCGCCGCCACAGCAGCAGCAGUGGUAACCAUGGUGAUGUGUCGGCGCACAGCGACAGCCCAGUCCCAGCUGAACUCAACAACAGUAAUCCCGGUGGGGGUGGGCGAACGGUGCGGUGUCUGGAGUUCAACCAGGCUAUGGAGGACUUCAGGACCAUGUUCCCCAGCAUGGAGCAGGAGGUGAUAGAGUGUGUGCUGCGGGCCAACCACGGAGCCGUGGACUCCACUAUCAACCAGCUGCUCCAAAUGAGCCUGGACGGAGACGGCUCUGACGACAGCUCCGACUCAGAGGACAGUAUCCCUCCUGAGGUACGUCUGCAUGGGGGCAGGGGCACUGGUACGAGAACUAGUGGGUAGCCCAGAUACAUUUAAAUGAACACAACCUAAGAUAGUCUGAGACCAUAUCAUGAAAUGUUUGUCAAGGUUGUUAACUACUUUUUCACCCAAUAUUAAUUAUUCAUUCAUACGCCUUAUUUCAUUGUAUUUUGCCUCUUUGCCUCUCUUCAAACCAGAUGGUUGUUCUUGGGGAGGGAAAAGUAUUUGAUGUUGCUCUUAAUAUGCUUCUGUAAUAGGUGACAUGCAUUUCUCUGGAGGGCAUGUGAUUAUGCACUGCUAUUGUGGACAGAAAGCUUUGAUAAGCUAUCUUCAAAAGCUUGACAAUAGCAAGAGGUACACACUUUAUGGUCUCUCGUACAAUGGGGUGACUGCUGUGGACAGCCAAGACUAGCCAUUCCUUUGGACAGUCAUGAACUCCCUUUGUGCUGAUACAUAAACUCUUGCUGAGUAGUAACAAGAUUGUAUCAAGUGCAAUAUUGGACUGGCAAGCUGUUCGCUUUGUAUUUGAUUAAAUUACUGCAGGUCUCUCAGUUCCAGACAUAUUUUGUGUUUUUAUUAGCCUUUGUGCACUCUGGCUGUAUUCCACCAUGCUCCACAUAGGAUAUUAACUGUUUUGUUUAUUUCCCCCAAAUAAUUUUGAAAAACCUGAGAGAGAAAGAGGAGAAGAUUAAGAGCUGUACUUAAUAAUUACACUGAGUUUACAAAACAUUAAGAACACCUUCCUAAUAUUGAGUUGCACCCCCCAUUUUGCCCUCAGAACAGCCUCAAUUCGUCGGGGCGUGGACUCUACAAGGUGUCGAAAGUGUUCCACAGGGAUGCUGGCCCAUGUUGACUCCAUUGCUUCCCAUAGUUGUGUUAAGUUGGCUGGAUGUCCUUUGGGGUGGACCAAUCUUGAUACACAUGGGAAACUGUUGAGCGUGAAAAACCCAGUAGCGUUGCAGUUCUUGACACAACCCGGUGUGCCUGGCACCUACUACCAUACCCCGUUCAAAGGCACUUCAAUAUUUUGGCUUCCCCAUUCACCCUCUGAUUGGCACACAUACACAAUCCAUUUCUCAAUUUUCUCAAGGUUUAAAAAUCCUUCUUGGGUUCAACAAGUGACUUUAAUAAGGGAUCAUAGCUUUCGCCUGGAUUCACCUGGUCAGUCUAUGUCAUGGAAAGAGCAAGUGUUCCUAAUGUUUUGGACACUCAGUGGAGCAUAUUCUACCUAACAUGCUAGGCUGUUAUUUUCAAAGUAAAGUUAAUUUAUAUCAACCAUUUAUUAAAUACAGUAUACAAACCAAAGAGUGCUGCUGGUCGAGUUGAAUAAAACAGCUCAAUACCAAGCGCUCACAAUGCCUCUAAUUUAGGGCAGAAAGGCUGUGCUGCAUUGCCAAUGAGUAGUUAUAAUACAGAUUCGUUAUUCAUUUAAUCUGCUCUUUGAAGUGUCCAAAUGUGCCAUCUGAUGGGAUUUUCAAGACCUUUUAGAACAUUCUCAAUGGUUCCCCUGAACUGUAGAUCCUGGAGCGGACGUUGGAGCCGGACAGCUCUGACGAGGAGCCCCCGCCGGUCUACUCCCCGCCCUCCUAUGACAUGCACAUCUACGACAGGAAGUACCCAGAUGAGGUCCUGCCUACAGCCUCACCACCACCCAGGCAAGAGAAGAAGGGGAGGGAAGGAGGGAGGGCUCAUGGCUGUCUGCCUGGCUCUUAACUCAUUUCAUCACUUAAAGGAGAAUGAUAGAUGGCUAGGAUAGUGUGAAUUAAUGAAUGCAUUUUCUCUUAAACCAUUAUUUACAUGAGUGAUGAGAUGCAUAUAUUCUUCUUUGGUGCUUUCUCAAUAUCUAAUACAUGAUAUGGCUGCUCAGCGAUUCAUGGCGUGCUUUGAAUGCCAAGAGGUUCUUGAUGCAGUCAAUGCUCCACAUGCUGUCUAAUGAAUGCUACUGCAGCAGCUAUGAAAUCCAUGUUCUGUACUGUGCCCUAACUUUGGUGGAUACGUAGACCUAAUACUAGUGAUACUUUUGUUAGAUGUAGUCCAUCUUAUGUGUUCCAAGGAGGGAACAUGUGAGAAGAAAUAAGAUAAACAGACAGGUUUAUGGGACUAACAAUAUCCUUUCCCAUCUCUCUGCCAGCUUUGAUGCCAGUCAAUCCUGUCCCUGCCAGCCCCCUCCUGGUCCACCCCCUCCUGCCAGUCAAAGGCAGGUUGGAAGUUACAGGAACUGGAACCCACCGUUACUAGGCAACCUCCCUGAUGACUUCCUGCGGAUCCUGCCUCAGCAGCUGGACAGUCUGCCAGUAGGUAGAUUUAUGGGUCAGCCGCCCCUAAUGGACCAUUAACCCACACUCCCAUCACUUGCAGACCACAUAGGACUUUGACACGUCUAACAGUGUUCUCUCUGGUCCCUCCCUUCCUGCAGCGCUCUCACAGUAGCCUAACCCAGACUAGUCUGACCCAGCCAUCCUGCUCUUCCUCCCUGUUGUCCGUGACGCAGCAGGUUGAGCCUGGGGCGGCGGCCAGGGCGGGCCAGGUUGGCAUGGAGACGGACCAGGAGAGGAAGUUGAAGCAGUUCUUGGAGGAUGAGCGCAUAGCCCUCUUCCUGCAGAACGAGGAGUUUAUGAAGGAGCUGCAACGCAACCGCGAGUUCCUCAUCGCCCUUGAGAGAGGUGUGCACACACACACACAUCCAGGCACACACUCAGUAACACAUAGAAACGUUAUACAGUACUUAGUGAUGAUAUCACUAUGCUUUCAUCACAAGCAAUCAAGCUAUGAAGAGUCAGUAAAAGAAGGUCUCUGUCAUGGCAGUGCUUUCCUCCUCAUUUCCUCCACCUCUUCUCUAGUAGUGCAUGAAGGAAGGCUUGCCAGGUCCUGCUACGUGCCUCCAUGCUUAUAACUCCAUUGAUGCUGAGACAUCGGCUCUCUCUGUUUUAGAUUGGCUGCAGUAUGAGUCAAAGACAUCCAAGUCCCAUCAUUCACCAGCUUUCAUGGGGAUGUCCUCUCCAGGUAGAUAUCAUUAAUCUGCACUCCAUAGCAUUUAUCUACAUUCUCGUUCCAGCUCACUCUGAAAAGGUCCAGGUUUCUUCAUGUGGGGCCUGUGUAGGCUCCUGCAGUGAAACACCUUAUUUUGAAGGCACACAGAGGAAAUGUGACUUGUUGUGCAUCUCAGUUGUUGUGUGCGUCUCUGUGUCUCUUUCUCUGAACUUGCAUGUCUCUGUGUGUGGUCUAUUUCACACUGCUUGUUUGUGUUCUAGGAUAUAAUUAUGCCUCAGGCUCUGGGGAGGCCUGCAUCAAUGUUACAGAUGAUGCCUUGUUCCGUGACAAACUCAAGCACAUGGGCAAAUGUAAGAACACUCAAUCUCCGCUCUCUGGGGCAUAACCAAAUCAUUUUCUCAAUGUGUGUGUCUUUAUCACUCCCAAAUUCAAAAUGUUAUUAGAACUUUCCACAUUGGGCAUGUCCAGUUAGCAUGAAAUGGUUCUAGCAGUGUGUGGAACUGUAAAUGAUGGAUGCUGUCAAUAUACAGCUAGAUCAUUGAGAUAAAUCAACACACAUUUGCAGGACAUGACCCUUUCACAGUCAGUGCUCCAGAAAGCUAUAGGAAAACCAACUUUCCUACCAUCGCUGCACUUGAAUCAGUGAAUAAGAUGUUAAUAAGAUGUUUUUUAAAUAUAUAAUUAUGUAUUCAUGGACAUAUGCAUUCUCAAAUCAGAACAAUCAUAUUAAAUUAAAAAACACUUUCUAUUUGAUCCUGUAAUCCUCCACAGCUACGCGGAAUAAGCUUUUUGAAAUCGCUAGAGCUUUCUCUGAAAAGACCCGAAGAAGAAAAACGAAAAGACGAGCCCUCCUGAAACACCAUUCGUAUCCUUCCACUUCAUCAGUGGUCCCCUACACCACCCAUCACCUCCCCCCUCCUUUCCCUAGUCUCGGAAACUCCACCCUAGGCAACAGUGACUAGGGUCUGGUUUCAAUGACGGACUUGGCAUAGAGGAACUACGUCACUACUUUAUCCGCUUGAAUAAAAUACAAAAUAGUAGCUAGCAAGAUAAAGAUCACAGGUUAUUUUUAAUGAGUGCAUUUCGCAAGUGGCUAGUUUGCAUCAACAAACUUCAUGAAAACCCCUGCAAAGGUUUUGCCUGCAAACUUUGGUUUCGAAUCGUGACGUUCUGGCAUGUCUGCCUUGUGAUUUGUUGAGAGGACCCACCCCAGAUUUCUUUCCCUUAUUGAAGUUGCCAAAAGAGUCGGCCACUGAAACCAGACCCUUGCCUAGGGUUGGGUUUUCAAGACGAUCCUCUCCCUGGCAGGCCUCCAUGCUCAGGAGUCAUUGCCCAAUGUGUCUUUUGUCCUUGCCAGAAGUGACAGUGAGCUUCAAAUGAACUGAACAGAUGCGCUUGCAUUGUACAGAUGUAAUUAACUAUCCCUCAGAGACUUCCCUGCAUGUUGAUGAGUGGCUGUAAUAUCUGCCUUUGUUUCUAUUGUUGUCAGUAGGUUUGAGUUCCAGGGAAAGUCCCGUUUAGUAUCCAGCUGGCGGGUCAUAUGCUGGGCUUCAUUACAUUUACAUUUUAGGCAUUUAGCAGACGCUCUUAUCCAGAACGACUUACAGUAGUGAGUGCAUACAUUUUCGUACCAUUAGGGCUGUACUGAAUUAGGUCCUUUCAUGGCAUUGACUCUGAACUGGCAGGCUUAGUAUUAUGUAUAAACACCUGCCACUCUCCUUAACAUCCUCUACCAGACUGGGUAAUGCUGCCUCCACUGCCAACCUCUUGGAAGACGAAGAAGCUGGACACCUGAGUGGUACAUUUAUCCAUGUUGUUUUAAUAUCAUUCUAAUCAAGAAACCUAAUUGAAUGGUAUGAGGCAUGAUUGGUCGAUUGUUUCAUUUAGGCCUAGUCCAACUGUAAACAGGGAGGUGAAUGUGGUCUACAUGCUAAUUUGUAUGAACCUAACUCAUGUGUAUGUACAGAGGAGGACAGUAUGCUCAAGAGACCAGGCCCUCAGGAAGAGGAGGUGCCCCAACAGGAAGUGUUGUCA